UCCCCUCUCCGCUCCACUCCAACAGAUCCCCGCACGAGCUGUGAGGAGGGCGAUAUGACGCCCAGGCCCAGCCUUCGCCGCCGCCCCAGCUCGCCGGCGUCGGCGCCGCCGCUGGACGACGACGACCUCCUCUCCGAGAUCCUCCUCCGUCUCCCUCCGCAGCCGUCCUCCCUCCCACGCGCCUCCGUCGUUUGCAAGCGCUGGCGCGGCCUCGUCUCCGACCCCGGCUUCCUCAGCCGCUUCCGGAUCCACCGCCGCCGCCACCCUCCCCUCCUCGGCUGCUUCGUCAAAAAUUCCGAUGAGCUCUACUUCGAGCCUACCCUGGAGCUCCCCAACCGUGUCCCGCGCGGCCGCUUCUCCCUGCAGAAUCUCCCCAGCGACAGCUUCCUGCUCCUCGGAUGCCGCCAUGGCCUCGUGCUAAUCUUCGAGUGGAGGAAGUUCCAGAUCCUGGUGUGGGACCCCGCCAACGGCGCCCAGCAAAGCAUUGCCUCCCCCCGGGGGUUUCACAUGGUGGAGACCCUGAUCCACCUCCAGGGGGCAGUGCUUCGUGCUGCCGCAGACGACCAGCACUUCCAGGUGUGUUUGGCAGGCUUGGAGAGAGGCUCCCAACGAAAUUAUGCGCGAGUGAUAGCCUGCGCUUACUCGUCCGAGACCGGCAGCUGGGGUAAUCUCGUCUCAACAGCAUUUCCAUCCGUGCCUUAUCUGCAUGUAGAUCCCACCAUCGUUUUCAUGGCCAAGCCCGGUGUGCUGGUUGGGGAUUUCCUUUACUGGGCGCUUACUGGGAAUUUUGUUCGAAUUAUCGAGUUUGAUCUGAAGAGGCAGAGCCUAGCUGUGAUAGGGAUCCCGGUGGAUAUGGAUUCUUGGAGAGAUCACGAGUACUCAGUUAUGCGGGCUGAUGAUGGUGGGCUUGGUUUCCUCUUUCUGUCAGACUUCAGUGCCCAAUUAUGGAAGAGGAAGACCGAUUGUGAUGGUGCUGCUCCAUGGGUGCUGGGAAGAACUAUUGAACUGGGCAAGCUACUUUCCCUAAAUUUACAUAGUGAGAGGGCGCCCCUGAGGAUUCUAGGAUAUGCUGAGGAAAAUAAUGUGGUGUUCUUGUCGACAGUUCACGGUGUCUUCAUGAUCCAGCUUGACCCAUUGCAGUCAAAUAAUGUGGUGUUCUUGUCGACAGUUCUCGGUGUCUCUCCUCUCUAUUAUCCAUUCGAGAGUCUCUACAGCAGUUGGUAGUCUCGCUUCCAGUUUUUUUAGUCCCAUCUUUUCUGGUUUUUUUGGUACCUCCUCCCACCUCCCGCUACCCAGCGAUCCCCCACUUCCUCCCUCCAGACCGACCAAAAAAAACGGCAUGCUACAACUAGGCCCGUUGUAAAACACUACGGUUCAGCGACAGAAAAUCGAUCUAAAAAAAUCUACGAUGGUUAACCUACGAAAAUUAACCCCGCUCGAUCUGGAUCUCUUCGGCGGCGGCUCCUCCCCACGCACCGACGCAUCCCCAGAGCCCUCCCCACCUCCUCCCAGAACCGGCGACUUCGCCUCCCGCCGUGGCCCCCUCUCUUCCCCUCCCCUCGUCGCAGAUCGAGCGACAACCGCGGUGUGGGCGGGCGGCGCCAACGCGCUGCUCCUGCUCGGCCACCCGGGCCCGUCCAUCGCCUGCUCGCCUCCCGCAGCGUCUUCUCCGAUCACACAACCGACGGUGGCCGCGGCUCCACAAGGCCGUGCGCGACCCAGCCAGCGCCAAGCCCUUCGCGCGCGCCCACGCCGGCGUCCCCGCCUAAACCUACUACACCCAGGACCGGGAGGCGAACAGGUGAUGCUCGACGACGAACAUCUGCUCGAGGACACCCUGCUCGACGGUGCUCCUCUUCGCUAGCAUCUCCAUUGCAUGAUAGGGGGAGAGUUCUUGUACUCAGAGCAGCUGUUGAUCUGCAGCAACUCUUGAAGUAUGAUUUAGGAUAAUCAUAGUUUCAGUUUGCCAAGCAGGGAGUAUAAUUUAACUGGAAAGCAACCAACUAUUGCUUUGAACUGGAGUAUAAUUACCGAAGCGGGUCGAAGUGGGACGAUGUGAUUCGGUGGUCAACGGCGGCUGCGCGGGAUGCAGUAUGGUAUGGCUUGAGCAUCUCGAGGAGGGGCUCUCUCCGCAAGGCAUCCUCUACGCCACGGCGGAGGUGUUCGAGUAGUCUGUCCCGGGGCUGCGCGUGGAGCACGUCGACGUCUCCGUCUUGCCAUUGCUCAGCACCGCCCUGCCGGCUGGGGUUCUUAUUUGCCAUCGAGGCCUUCCGCAACUGGGACCAUGGUGCCUGAUAGCUUCCUCUCCGGCUGGAUCGGCAGUCUAUCCACCCAGUUUCUAUGGCGUAGCAUCAGAUUAAUAUUGCCAAGCCUGAGCUGGCGGUUCAUAUGGAAGAUCCCAUGGGCCAGCAGCUGGAGCCUGGAAGCAGAUGUUAAUGCUCCAUAGCAGAGAGUUUAGGUUUACAGCAUGCAGCGACUACCAAAUUUUCCAUGUAGGAUAUAAACGGAAAUUGUAAUGGAGAUGGUUGCCAUCAGUUCCAUUUUGUUGCACAUCACAAGCCUUGCCACUCAGAUCGUCGCUGUGGCCAGAUCCGACCGGGGGAGCCGCCAUAGAGCCGACACCUCGGCGGCGCAGCAGCAGCCCGACAGAAGGUGGGUGCUCGAGCUCAUCCAGCAGCUCGUCAUCGACCAGGAGGCCUCUACCUCGACUGCAACCGUCCGUGGAUCUCUAUUGCAAGCACCUUGUAUCUACUGAUGUUCUUCCGCCCAUCUAAAUUCCACAUGUUUUUUUUGACGGGAUCUAAAUUCCACAUGUUGUUAUAUGAGUGGUACAGCUGCAUGGAUUGGCGAUAUGAGUAUUUGUACAAACCGCCGAGGACCUCAAGUUCACAUGGUUCGUGCUUCUUUACAUACGAACUCUACAUAUGACAACCAGCAGAUCAAUUGGUACCAUCUCCGAUUUCUAUCAUCAUGUUGCUUCAUUUAUCUUCAUAUAAGUUUCACUGGAUGCAUGUAUUUAACAUACUACUUUUUUUAGUAGGCAUCAAACUUGGUUCAGGUAGCUUUUUUUGUGAAAGAAAGUUAUGUUUCUAAAGAUCUGUACUCUGAAUCCUAGAUCUCAUACUUGCUUUUUUUUGGCAUAAUAGUUUCAGGCCUGAUGAGUAUCAAGCAGAUUGGGUUCUCCAAGGAAUGCCAAUACGAACUCACUUUUUGCAACACACAUGCUCAUCCAAUUGGGCAGCCAGCUGGGAGGUAGACAAUACCUUUUUCCUCUUUCACAAAUAAAAUAUUUUGAUACUCAAGAUUGGAUAUCAAGGCAUUAUUUUAUAUCAAUUUAUUGAGCCAAGGUCAUGGAAGACACACAGGCUCAAGGGUACAGAUGGCCCCUUUUGGAGUGAGGCGCAGCUAUAGUUGCUCUAUGUUGUGAGAAUACCCAAGCCCUCAAAUGCCGAGAGGCUUCUCUGGUUAUGGGUUGCACAUUCAAAAAGCAAGAUUUUCGGGGUUAGAAGGGAGAAGUUAGAUUGAUUUUCUGCGUGCGUGUGCAAGCUCGGUUUAACCUAUGAGGCUCACUGGUAUAGUUAUUUUUUGAAUAUGCAAUCUGAAUAAACAUAGGUAAAACAGUAUGGCGGAAUCUUGCGACAGGGGCAGAAGUUAGAAUCUUGAGACAGUGCUAUAACUCCUUGUCCUUGGUAGUUUGGACUUUGUAAUAAUUAUCCUAGACAGAUGCUAGAAUGGUAGUAAUACCCAGUAAACCCAUAUUUAGCAAUGGCCAUGCAUGUCUUUUAGAAACGAUCAUCCUUUUAAUAUUAGGUAGAGAUAUCUAAACAGACUUGAUGUUUUUCUAUUAAAGUUUGUUUUAUGUAGAUACUGAAAUUAGCAACGCCAAACUUUUAAUCUGGAAAUAUCACUUAUUCACUUUAGAGUACCUUGGUCUAUGUGUAGAAGAUAGUAGUAGCAAGCAUAGAAGUCACUCUGGAAAAAGUGUGCAUAUAUUGUUGUACUAGAGAUCCAUUCCUAUAUUUCACUUAUAUGCAUGGUUGAGUUGUAGUAUGUGUGAUACAUGAGAGUAAUGUAAUAUGAAGUGAAACAUGGUGGACAGGGCUUCGUGAAUGAGAUGGCGGAGAAGAUGUCAGUGGUGGAAGAGGACAUGUUAUAGAAGAUGUCGUGGGCGGUACCGGAGGAAAUGGUCAAAUGGGGUUCCUCGGAGCGGACAAGAAGGAUGCUGCAGCGGCAUGUAUUGGGUUCCAUUUCCAUCCAGAGAAGAACUUAUGAACAGUAUGUGCGUGAUCCAUUCAUUCUUUCGUUUGAUCCUUCCUUAUUCCCCUCAACCCAAAUUCGUUUUCUUUUGCACUUACUCAUGGUUUUUAUGGAUCAAUAAAUUUAGUGACAUUAAUGGCAAUGAUAUCCAUAAACUUCACAUUGUUGUUUUUCAGCAGAAUAUGAUGUUCGUCUCUUCUUCAUAUGGACUGCAAUAAGGUCGAUGGUAGCUUGCUGAAUAGGUGAAGCGAGAACCAAGACAUAAUUUCAUUCCGAGUGUUUGACUUGUUGAAUAGGUUAAAAGCCUACUGCAAAAAAAAUUAGACGCCAAGUUUAUAAGGGUUACAUGUAUGCAAUUUACACGGGUCUAUCUAAUGUUAGAGUUUCAUGCCUCUAAUUAUUUGUAUUUAUGUAUUCUAGCUAUGGAUACCAGUAGCAUUAGUUCUUUUAAUGUAUUGCAUUUAUAAAUUUUACUAUUUAGAUACUGUAUAUGAGAAUAUCAAGUAAUUAUAAAUGCCAUUUAUAAUCACAAAUGAUCUUACCGAAUGAUUGUUUUCAUGGCCUUCAAAGAAGAGAUAUCCUAGAAGUUGAGUGCAGUUGGAGGGGCCUCAGUCCUUUUGAGCCAAGAAAAGUAGAUGGGGCUUGUCCAAGCUAUGAAUAGUAGAUGGGAAAGUGUUGAAAUAUUUUGUGUUUCCAUGGUUUCUAAAUGGUAGGAGGUACAUGUAGUAAUCUGUACGGUUUCAAGUGCCUAAUUUCAUGUGUAAAAAUUUGCUAGGGAAUUCUGAUUGUAGAAUCUUGGAAUAAGGGAACGAAAUCCAAUAUGUGUCAUAUUUAAUUAAUGGAUAAUAACAAUAGACAUGCUUUCAUGAGAUGAUUAAUCUUAAGCAUAGAAGGGCAUCCAAGUGCCACCUAUCAUUUGUAAUGCACAAUAAAGAGUUCUAUGUUAUUGUGUUUUGUGCAUUA